CAGGUGCCGGGGGCUCCUCAGGUUCUGCAAAGAAGGAAAUCACAUUUUUAUGUGGCUUUAUCACAUCUAUCACUUUGCUCUAUGAAAUAAUCAUUACCCACGGAAUAAUUUAUUGUUUUAACCUCUCAGUGUUCUGUGGGAUCUGGCAUUCCCAGCUGGCUUUGUGCUAUCCACACCAUGGUGGAGCCUUUUCCAUUCCCCAGCCCGCUGAGCCAGCACCACCACACCAGACAGCUCGCUAACACCUGCCACUCAUCUCACCACACCAUCUGCUCCAGCAUUUCAUAACAUCACGCUUCAAACUGGAGUUUUCCUUCUCUCUUUUCCAAACCAGUCAUCCUAAACCUGUGUCACGACUGGAAUCCGUCUCUAGAUCCCUUUUCAGCACAGCUCCUGAGGAAUACCAUAAUCACACUCAGCCUUUGGGCUGCAAUGAGCCUUUUCUUCUGUGGGAGUAAAAUCUUCUUGGCCAUCCCUGGAUUAAAUCAUGAGUCAAUUCCAUGUUUUUAAGAGCAGGUACAAGGGGAAAAUCUAUUACACAGCAAACUGAAUCCACCCUGUGCUUGUCCAUCAUCUUGUUAGUACCUUAUAUAUCACUGAAUUAAUUUCAGUGCUGUUUUUAGGAUGGAAUUUGGGGGUUUCCUUGUGGAUGGGGGAGGUUUAUAUCUGCACUGCUGUAGGUGAAGAGCCUUCUGCUGGCAGCAGGAUAUUCAGCAGCUGAAUGUCAGAGCCCACUUUAUGUCUUCAGCUCCAAGUGCUGCAAGGAAUUAACUCUGCUUUACUGUUUCUUUGCAGAAUCCACCCAUCUGGUGAAAAUCAUGGAUACAAUGGGAGCAGACAGGUAUGAAUGGACCACUCUGGAUGCCGAGGAGUCGCCAGCUGCAGCGCGGUACCCCCAGCGUGGAGGCAGCGAGCAGUGGGCACACCCCCACCACGAUCCCUAUGUCGAUGCCUCCCUCACUUUGGGAACACAGCCAGGCUUUCCUCGAUGUUCCAAGGAGAAGAGAGGAGCCAGGAGGCUGGUCAUGAAAAGGAAGGUGUUGAGGCACAGGCCCGAUGGGGCAGUGGAGGUGUCUGAUGAGUCGGUGCCCAGCGAGCCCGAGAGCAAUCCCGAGGUUUGGAGCCCCAGUCAGGAAUUGUCUGAGCCAGAUGACAGCAUCUCUGAGGGGGAGAUUGAGACCAGCAGCAGCUCCCAUGAUGAAUCUCUGUGCCAGUGGCUCCCUCUGGACAGCUCCCCCUUUCUCCCUGGGGAUUUCAGGAGCAGGAGCUCUCCUGUUUCUCAGUACACAGGGGGACAACCCAAAUCCUUCAUCCCACCACGGCUCGAGCUGCUGGGACGGAACAGGGGGAAAACCGACCGAGUGGCCAAAUACUUUGAGUAUAAACGAGAAUGGGAGAAGUUCCGGAUCCCAGGAGAGGAUCAGCGGCAGGAACUGCGCUGGAGCAUCCGGGAGCAGAUGCUCUGCAAGGCUGAGCUUCCUGGGAAGCCACCACAACACCUCUAUGUCCCCAACACCUACAUGGUGCCCACUGAGAAGAAGAGAGCUGCCCUGCGCUGGGAAGUGCGCUGGGACCUGGCCAACGGCCUCAUUCCCAGGAAAGCCACCUCCAUCUAGGCCUGCUCCAUACAGAUAACUCUGAACCCCACACACCGAAUGCAUUUUUCCCCCUCAAAAUCCUUGAUAAUUUGGGAAAUCUCCCCUUUUUUUUAUGCAUUUCUAAAGGGUUAAAUCCUGGUAUUAAAACUUCACCUAGCGCAGAGGGAAAAGCUUCCUCCCGAGUUCAGGUUCGGGGCAUUAGGAAUCAGGAUGUAAGGAUCUUUGGGAUUUGAGUGCUCCUGGAUUCUCACGUGAAGUUUUAUUUAUGGCAAUAUCUCUAAUAAAAUGUGUGGAAAGAUU